CAGCCUGGACAACAGGAGUAAAACUCGGCCAAAAAAAAAAGUAAGAAAAGAGAAAAGAAAACAAACAGAAUGUAAGUAACAAAAUAACAGGCUUCGGUCCAUCCAAAGGGCAUAGCUCCUGGCCCCUGAGCGCAUUGGGUAGGAGGAGGCAGGUAUUUGCUACUAGCAGUCUGGAGCAGUGUGGGCAGUGGAGGGAGUGGCUGGGAGCAACAGGCUGCAGACAGGCUCUGAGUCUGAAAGGCUCCCAGACAAGGGCAAGAACUCACAUAGUAAGGGAGCAGUAAGGGGGCACAGUUUUUUCCGGAGGCUUUGCAACGUCUGGCCUAGUCAGGUAGAGCAUUUUGAAAGGUCUGAAUGAACCUCUGAUGUUUAUGUAUUGAGGACCUAUGGUGGGUUAGAUAAGAGUCUGCUGAGCACCUGGGAGAGAGGCGUCAGACAGGAAUGCAGUCCUGUGGGCCUGGUGUGACACUGACGAGGGAUGGUGUUCAGCAUCAAACCCCCGUCGCGCCAGCUGGGCGCUGGAGCCAGGUUAGGGCCAGGGGGCUAACUGUGUGACCUUAAGCAAGAACCUUCCUCUCUUUGGCCCAAAGUUGCCUGGUCUAUAAAAUGCAGCUAUGAUGGCACCCAGCAGAUCCUGGGUGUGGCCUGCCCUGUCUGGCCUCAUGCCCAACCUGCUGACACUUUUUGUCUCUUGCUAACGUGGAGCUGCCCUUCCAUCUCCCCUUCAUCCUGUAGCCCUUUCUCACCCUGCUAUUCCACAGCAUCGUGGGGCUGGUGAUCAGGCAUGCCAGGGCCCUGGUGGAAAGGAACAAGAAUGUACAUUUUGUCUAUUAGCUGGCCAGUCUGCCCAGUGCCCCCAUGGCUGCCACUUCAUCUGGCUUAUCACAUAGGGAGUGUUUUGACACAGAAUUUGGAUUCAGGUUCAGGCUAAAUCCUAGCUCCUCCCCUUCUGAGCUGUGUGACCUGGGGCAAGUCAUUUCCCUCUCUGAUCCUAUCAACCUGUUUAUCAAAUGGGCACAACCACCACAUGGACAAGGUGGUGUUGAUGAAAGGAUUCUGCCUGGAAAGAGAAAUAUCCUUGACAGAUAUUUCUAAUUCAGCUAACCCCCAUCAUCUCCAGCCCUAGAAGUAACUUUUCUGACCCAGAGUUGUUCCUGCCUGGCAGGCCAGGGGGACUUCUGGUUAGUGCCAGUUUCCUCAGAGCAUUCCUGAUGGCUCAGGAAAAGAAUAACAGAUUUAAUUAACUCCCAGUGACUGGCAGCAUCGUGUUUUUAUCUGGGCUGCGUCACCAUGGCAGCUUCAUGGCAGGGUUGUCGAGGGGGCGGGCAGAGCUAUGGUUCCUGCCAUUGUCUGUUCUGGAACGCAGGCCCAGGAGAAGGGGACUGGCAUGGGCACCAAGUGGCACGUGGCUGAAGGCAGCCAUGGAGUCAGACGGGUGUCACCUGGGGAGGUGUGGGGUGGCCCAUGGCCUGGCUUCCCCUCAGCUUGGGGCUCAGGCUCCCGGUGGUUCUCAAAUUAGAGUGUGUACCUUGGGUGUGCUGAAGGUAGGAGGGUCCGUGGUGCUCCUGGAAGAGGCCCACAAAGUAGCCCAGGCCACAGCCUCCCACCCACCCCACCCAGGCUAGGGUUUUGUGGCCAGGCCUGGGUUCAAAUUAUGGCUCCACCACCUGCCAUCUACACAGCCAGUUGUUCCCCAUUCCUCAUCUAUAAAAUAGGAAUCAUUCUAGUUACCCCAAAGGCUUUCGUUCAAACCUGUGUGUAUAAGGCAUUCAGGAAAGGCUCAGUUCUGUUCUGUGGGGGCGGUGAGCAGUCACCUGCUACCCUUCACUCUCAGGGCUCCCCCCUACCUAUCUCUUAGGGUGCAAGGUUCCCCCUCUCACCGCCCACCCCCUCCCGGCUGUGGAGAGGAGGAAGCGGAACUAGAGAUGCCUAUCUGGAGUGCAGGACCAGGUGGAUAUAAAAGACUAGCUUCCAACAAUCAUCUAGUUUUCCUCCCCUCUGCUGAGAGGGAAAAGGAGACGGCAGCCUGGAGACAGAGGCAGAGCCAAGUGGGGUUGUGCACGGGUAGGAGGCGGGAAAACGGAGUUGUAGUAGGCAAGGGCGCCCUGGAGGAAAGGAGGAGAAAGACUGGCUCACGCCCGGCGCGCUAGGCGCAAAGGCAGGGCCGGUGGCACACAGUACGAGUCGGAGCCACCAGCUGCAGCUCUCCUGUGGGAGCGGUGCAGAUCCGGAGGACGCGGUGCCGGGCGUCCGGGCUUUGGGCAGCCCGGCUUCUGCAUAGGGCGCCGGGUGGCUGUAUGUAAGGCUCUAGGAGAUGUGCCACCCUUUCCCCGCAGCACAGCAACCGCACCGAGACGCCUCUUCAGCGACCUGGUGCGCACAGGCUCCUGAAACCCUUUCGCAGUUAGGGUACCUUCAGCGGGAGGCUGCGGAUGGCGAAUCUCUCGUGCGGGCUCAGAGUUGGAGUCUGGCCUUUGCGCGCCCCCUGCUGGCCCGCCUCGGCUCCCCUCAGCGCCCCGGCUCCGCCGCGGCGGCGGGGCUCAGAUCGGGGAAACCCUACCGAGGAAACCUCGAGCGUGACGUCACCCUCAUCGGUGACGUCACCUGGCCCCAGGGGAGCGCGGGGUUCCCACGGAGGAGGCUUUCCCCGGACUGCGAAGUACGCGGGCGGGGGCCGGGAAGUCAUCGGGGGCCGCGGCGCGCCUUCACUGCGCCCUAUGUCUGCCCUGCAGGUCCUGCGCGGCCCCGGGUGAGGCACGCCCGCGCGCCCGCCGGCGCCAUGGGAAGGAGCGGGCGCCGCUGUUGUCCCCCGCCGGCGCGCGCACGACUUGAGACCUGCCACGGGCAGCCCCCGGCCGCGGGUCCCCGAGUGACGCUGGCGGCACCUGAGAGUGUGGCGCGGGCCCGGGGCCACACAGAGGAGCCCAGUGUCCAGUGAAGCGGCUGAGGACCCGCCGCCCGUGCCGCCGCCAUGGUGAUGUCCCAGGGCACCUACACGUUCCUCACGUGCUUCGCCGGCUUCUGGCUCAUCUGGGGUCUCAUCGUCCUGCUCUGCUGCUUCUGCAGCUUCCUGCGCCGCCGCCUCAAACGGCGCCAGGAGGAGCGACUGCGCGAGCAGAACCUGCGUGCCCUAGAGCUGGAGCCCCUCGAGCUCGAGGGCAGUCUGGCCGGGAGUCCCCCGGGCCUGGUGCCGCCGCCACCACCACCGCACCGCAGCCGCCUGGAGGCCCCGGCGCACGCGCACUCGCAUUCGCACGUGCACGUGCACCCGCUGCUGCACCACGGGCCCGCGCAGCCGCACGCACACCCGCACCCGCACCCGCACCACCACGCGCUCCCGCAUCCGCCGCCUCCGCACCUGUCGGUGCCGCCGCGGCCCUGGAGCUACCCGCGCCAAGCGGACUCGGACAUGUCCAAACCACCGUGUUACGAAGAAGCGGUGCUGAUGGCCGAGCCGCCGCCGCCCUACAGCGAGGUGCUCACGGACACGCGCGGCCUCUACCGCAAGAUCGUCACGCCCUUCCUGAGCCGCCGCGACAGCGCGGAGAAACAGGAGCAGCCGCCUCCCAGCUACAAGCCGCUCUUCCUGGACCGGGGCUACAACUCGGCGCUGCACCUGCCCAGCGCCCCUCGGCCCGCUCCGCCCUGCCCAACCCUCUGCCUGCAGGCCGACCGCGGCCGCCGGGUCUUCCCCAGCUGGACCGACUCAGAGCUCAGCAGCCGCGAGCCCCUGGAGCACGGAGCUUGGCGCCUGCCGGUCUCCAUCCCCUUGUUCGGGAGGACUACAGCCGUAUAGAGGGGCGCCCGGCGCCCCGGGCCCCACCGGCGAACUCCUGGCCUGACUGCGGGGCUUUUUAAAUGCUUCCCUGGACUGCGGGGAGGGGCGGGGGGAGGGAGGGAUUUCUUAUCCCGUUUGUUACAUUUUGAGGAUAAUAAAGGUGUGUGAUCUGGUUUGGUACAAGCGGAGGGUGCACCCGCUGCUUUCGCCCAGGGUUUUGGCGACAAGCCGGGGCCUUGGCAGGAAGAACUCUGAACGUGCAUUUCCGCCACAAGACCGCCUAAGGAUGCAGAGCUAAGUCUGAGAUCAAUCUUCCUCGGGCGGUUCUAGGUUCCAGGCGGCUUCCCCUGGAAGCCUCAGCCCCCCACCCAGUGUCUGACGGGCCUUGUAAGUCGGGUGAGGGCGCCCCCUGGUAGCAGGGAGGUGCUGCGGCCUCGGAGGUGGGAGGAGUUGAGAACCUGGGUUAGGGCAGGCGGCAGCCCAAAGGGAUCUGGAUUUCUUUAUUAACAGACAUGAGCACGACCCGUUACAGAAGUUUGUGCUUUCCAAAAAAAAAGAAAAGAAAAAAAAAAAAAAAAAAAAAAAAAAAGUUACUGAACGUGAAAAAGGAACCCAA